AUGGAACAACGUUGGAAUAAAGCGUUGCAAGAAUUAAACGGAAAUGAGACAACUUUGGAAGGGUUGAUAAACGUUACAAAAGCGUGGUCUGUUGUUACGAGUUGGCUGGAUCCCGGGCGUGCUAUUGUUCAAGAAAAAGAAGAAGUUAACAGCUGCUUUGAACUACUUCGUCAAACACCUUUGGCAAGGCGAAUAGUGGAAUGGUAUCUUGAAAAAGAUCAAGAGUUAGAAGAAUGGAUUAACAAGUCUUACAUGGAGAUUAUCCAUGAUGUUUAUAUAGAUUACAAGAAAUGCGAAAAAUCGUUCUUGCUUAUGAAUGCCAGUGCUGACACUAUGCGACAAUUUCGAAAUCACUAUCAUACAAACAUCUAUUCAUUGCUAAGUGGAAAAUCUCAACCGUACUCGGCCAUUCCAUCAUUAUUCAAGGAAAUGUCUAAAGUACUUUAUCGCUACCAUUUCCGUAAAUUCGAAUCUUUAUUGGAUUUAGAUCAGUCAGCCUCAGGAUUAUUAAUUAGUCGAAUAAAUAAACAUUUCGGCGAGAAAUUGGAACCCGAAUUGUUCGUAUGGAAAACCACUGACGAUAUAAGUGCUAUCUUUGCUAAACAAGAAAAUGAAUUUUAUAAAAGUGAGGACAAUUCUUCGGCGAUGGACCUUGAUGAUAUUGAGGAAUUUAAUGUAAAAUCAGAUUUAUCUCAAGAAACAGUCGAUCCGAGUUUAAUUGAGGAGAUAGACAAUAAACUUAAAGAAUUUUCUAAGUUAUAUGAAGAGAUGCAUGCUCUGGAUUUGAUACAUCGCACUAAAGAUAAAAUAGAAGAAAUGUUGUGUGAGCAGAUAGAGCUGAAAAUUUUACGUACCUGCAAAGGUAUCUUUAAUAAGUCAGUACUUCGUCAUUCAUCAAAAUGGUUAUAUUCUGUCGUAAUUUCGGAACUUUUUGACGUGAUAGUGGACUUUCCCGAUUCUAAAGCCACAAUCGACGAUUUGAUACAUCAUGAAAAUUUUCAUGUUAGAUUUAGGAAAAGAUUACUCAUUCCUGGUGCUAGCACGAAUGAUAUAAUAAAUACCUACAUAUCAACUAUCAAAUGUCUCAGAUUAUUGGAUCCUUCUGGUGUGUUGCUAGAAAAAAUAACGGGCCCCAUUCGAAAAUAUUUGCGGACGCGUUCAGACUCUACACGGUGCCUGGUGACGUAUUGGAUGGACGAUGAGAAUAAUAACGAAUUAGUCGAGGAGCUUGGACGUACCGAUAAUCCCGUAGAAGACAAUUUUAACACAGAAUCAAAUAUAUCUGAUGAUAAUUGGAUGCCUGACCCGAUGGAUGCCGGGCCUGAUUACAAAUCAUCAAUUUAUCGUUCGGCCGACAUCAUCAGCUUGCUUAUAAGCUUAUUCGAUAACACAGAACUUAUAACUAAUGAAAUUCAAAAUCAAAUGGCAACACUCUUAUUAUCGAAACAAACUAAGCUAGAAUUAUUUAAACUACGAUUCGGCGAAUCAAAAAUGUCUGCUACGGAAGUCAUGAUUAAAGAUAUCGCAGAUUCGAAAAGAAUGGAUGCCAACAUAUAUAAUGAAGGAUCUAUAUCAAAGGCGGCAGGAUUUGAACGCGGCGCGAGUGAG